CACCAAGAACUUCAUGGUGACCACCAAAAACAUCAUUGUGGGCUUGGGGACCACCAAGAACAUCAUGGUGACCACCAAAAACAUCAUGGGGGCCACCAAAAACAUCAUGGUGACCACCAAGAACAUCAUGGUGGGGUUUGAGGACAUCAUGGUGACUACCAAAAACGUCAUGGUGGCCACCAAAAACAUCAUGGUGGGCUUUGAGGACAUCAUGGUGGGGUUUGGUGGCCACCAAAAUCAUCAUGGUGGCCACCAAAACCAUCACUGUGGGGCUUGGGGACCACCAAAAAUGUCAUGGUGGGGUUUGGUGGCCACUGGUGGGGUUUGGUGGCCACUGGUGGGGUUUGGUCACCAGAGUUGGUGUUUGGCCACCACGGACACGAGGACACACCAGGAUCGGUGUUUGGCCACCAGGAUCAGUUUUUGGCCACCAAGAUCAGUGUUUGACCACCAGGGUCACCAUUUGGCCACCAAGGUCAGGUUUUGGCCACCAGGAUCAGUUCUUGGCCACCAUGGCUGGGAUUUGGCCACCACUGCCACGAGGACACACCACAAUCAGUCUUUGGCCACCAGGGUUGACCCAAGUGGCCACCAGGGUCAGCAUUUGGCCACCAAGGUCGAUUUUUGGCCACCAGGGUUGGGAUUUGGCCACCAAGGUCAGGUUUUGGCCACCAGGAUCAGUUCUUGGCCACCAAGGUCAACAUUUGGCCACCAAGCUCCGUUUUUGGCCACCAAGGUCAGCAUUUGGCCACCAAGGUCAGUUUUUGGCCACCAGGGUUGAUCUUUGGCCACCAAGGUCACCAUUUGGCCACCAAG